AUGACGUCGACCCCAGAAGGACUUCCGACGCCUAAAGGCAAGUCUCGUCUAAUCAGACAUUUCGAGAAAAGGUCGAUUGAGAACCACAACGAUGCGUGGACAGACCUAUGGGACACUGACAAAAGUGACAUGUGGGACAGAGGAAGGCCCUCGCCUGCCUUGAUCGAUCUUCUGGAGCAACGAGAAGAGGUCCUGAGUCCAAUUGCAGCAGAUAGCCGCCGGAAGACUGUCUUAGUACUAAGAUGCGGAAAGGGCUAUGAUGUAGUCAUGCUUGUUCUCCAUGGAUUUGACGUCGUCGGGCUUGAGAUCUCGCAGAAGGGGGUUUCAGCUGCCGAGUAUUCGGAGGCAAGCAAACGUGAACGAGGCCCGGUAUCGUUUAUCAAGGGUGACUUCUUCAAGUCCGAAUCUGUGAAUGGGAGGAUAUUCGAUGUCAUCCAAGACUAUACGUUCCUCUGUGCUCUUCAUCCGACAAUGCGUUCUCAGUGGGCCUUGCGGAUGGCCGACCUUUUCAUCCCAGGAGGUCUUCUUGUUUGUCUGGAGUUUCCGCUCUUCAAAGAUCCAAGUCAUCCUGGUCCUCCAUGGCCCUGCAAGGUGGGCACUGGAACCUGCUGGCCGAGGGUGGUGAUGGGAUUCUGUAUCCUUCCGCAUCAGAUCGGAAAGGCGAUCUUGGGAUGGGAAGCUUCG